AUGAUAUUCAUGAACAUGCGUGUGUUUCAGGAUUAUGAACCUGCAGAGGAAGUGGCUGGAAAGCAAGGCCGCACUUCUGACAAAAAAAAAAGAUCGAGGAGCGAUGACGCCAGUUUUGUCCCAAUUCAGCCAAGAACAAGGCAAUUCAGAGAGACGUUCCAUGAGAGCCCACUUCAGGAUUCUGACAACAGUGACCCUUCCAAACAAACUGCAAUCACGAAAUUUAAGUUGAACAUGGAGGAGAAUCGAUUUUACUACAUCCCACCAAGGGUUAACAUCAAGAGAUCUGGUUACCUCCAGUACUCGAGGAAACAGGAUGAGGGUGUGUUGAGAUAUGUUGCACAUGCGGACUACUACAUCCUGCUGCGUUCUUGUGCGAGAGUAGCACAAGUCGAUAUUAGGAUCAUGCACAUUGGGGUCCUGAAUUUGGAGAGGAGAUUGGCCUGGUUGGAGAAAAGGAUUGAUCAUUGCUUGCAUUUGACGGUUCCUAGUAUUACUUGUGACUUCUGUAGGAAUGUUACAGAAUGUGAGUACGAUGUUGCAGAUCGAACGACUGAGUCCAGAACUCUACCUUUGAGACCCUAG